GACGUCAGUCGUCUUCCAGACUGGGCGGAAAGCCGGGAAGUAAACACUGAGGGCUCGGCUGCGUUUCCGUCGGAUGGUUUAGGGGUCAGCUGCGGCGGGACUGGAGGGCGAGUAACCAUGUCGGCAGCAGCUGUGGAUGCAGUUAAUGCUGCACCCCUGUCGGGGUCCAAAGAAAUGAGUUUAGAAGAACCAAAAAAAAUGACCAGAGAAGACUGGAGAAAGAAGAAGGAGCUAGAAGAACAGCGAAAACUGGGUAAUGCCCCUGCAGAAGUUGAUGAAGAAGGAAAGGACAUCAACCCUCAUAUUCCUCAGUAUAUCUCUUCAGUGCCGUGGUAUAUUGAUCCAUCAAAAAGACCUACUCUGAAGCACCAGAGACCACAACCAGAAAAACAAAAGCAGUUCAGCUCAUCUGGAGAGUGGUACAAGAGGGGUGUAAAAGAGAAUUCUGUAACUACUAAGUACAGGAAAGGAGCAUGUGAAAAUUGUGGGGCUAUGACACACAAAAAGAAAGACUGCUUUGAGAGACCCAGGAGAGUUGGAGCCAAAUUUACAGGUACUAAUAUAGCUCCAGAUGAACAUGUGCAGCCUCAGCUGAUGUUUGACUAUGAUGGGAAGAGGGACCGAUGGAAUGGCUACAAUCCAGAAGAACACAUGAAGAUCGUAGAAGAAUAUGCCAAAGUUGAUUUGGCAAAAAGAACAUUAAAAGCCCAGAAACUCCAAGAAGAAUUAGCCUCAGGAAAAUUAGUGGAACAGGCUAAUUCUCCAAAACAUCAGUGGGGAGAAGAGGAACCAAAUUCUCAGACGGAAAAAGAUCAUAAUAGUGAAGAUGAGGAUGAAGAUAAAUAUGCAGAUGAUAUUGACAUGCCUGGACAGAAUUUUGACUCUAAGAGAAGAAUUACAGUCCGGAAUCUCAGGAUUCGAGAAGAUAUUGCAAAGUAUUUAAGGAAUUUAGAUCCAAAUUCUGCCUACUAUGAUCCCAAAACUAGAGCAAUGAGAGAGAAUCCUUAUGCCAAUGCAGGAAAGAAUCCAGAUGAAGUGAGUUAUGCUGGAGAUAACUUCGUUAGAUACACAGGAGAUACCAUUUCAAUGGCUCAGACACAGUUGUUUGCUUGGGAAGCGUAUGACAAGGGAUCUGAAGUGCAUCUGCAGGCUGACCCAACAAAACUAGAGUUGUUGUAUAAGUCCUUCCAAGUCAAGAAAGAAGACUUCAAAGAACAGCAGAAAGAAAGCAUUCUGGAAAAGUAUGGUGGCCAAGAACACUUGGAUGCUCCUCCAGCUGAAUUGCUUUUAGCCCAGACUGAAGACUAUGUGGAGUACUCAAGACACGGAACAGUCAUCAAAGGGCAGGAGCGGGCUGUUGCAUGCUCUAAGUACGAGGAAGAUGUGAAGAUCAACAAUCACACACAUAUCUGGGGAUCUUACUGGAAAGAAGGCCGAUGGGGAUACAAAUGCUGUCACUCUUUUUUCAAGUAUUCCUAUUGUACUGGAGAAGCUGGGAAAGAGGUUGUUAAUUCAGAAGAAGGUAUUAUAAAUGAUAUAGCUGGAGAAGAAGGUGUGAAAAAACCUCAGACCCUCAUGGAGAUGCAUCAGGAAAAACUGAAAGAGGAGAAAAAGAAGAAAAAAAAGAAAAAGAAGAAGCAUCGAAAGAGCAGUUCAGAUAGUGAUGAUGAGGAAAAGAAGCAUGAAAAAUUGAAAAAGGCACUGAAUGCAGAGGAGGCCCGCCUUCUUCAUGUCAAAGAGAUCAUGCAGAUUGAUGAGAGGAAGAGGCCUUACAAUAGCAUAUAUGAAACCCGGGAACCCACUGAAGAGGAAAUGGAGGCCUAUAGGAUGAAACGUCAGAGGCCAGAUGACCCCAUGGCUUCUUUCCUUGGACAACAGUAACUAGUCAGAGGUUUGUCCAGAAUGGGCACAACUAAUAGGUUCUUUUCGGCUUCUUGAUGAUGACUGUAGAAAAAUCUUCGUCUACUUUUCUGCCAUUUGGCUUUAAUAGAGCUUUCAGAAGUCUCCAUAUGAAUUCAUUUCUUCCACACUGAAGGAACAAAACCAAUAAGAAAAAUAAAGAGGAAGUAUAUUAAGCGUGGAUUAAGAUUUUUAUUUCUGAUUUUGUGUUAGUGAUGUGGAAAGAAGCCUUGGCUUUCUGCCUAUCAAGAGUGAAAUCAGAUGUCUUCUAAUCAGCAGUUACUGAGUCUCAAACUUUAUUUCCUCAAUUUUCGUGACCUUUUAUUUAGUGUUAGCACAGAUUUUGAAGGUAGAUUGAUUACUUUCUCAAAACCAGAGCAAUUUUUUAAAUUGCUACUAACUUUAUAAUUUCAAUUAUUUAAUAAUCAUUUGUUUUCAUCUGCAUCGGAAAACCACUUGGUUAUCCUGGAUCUGUAGCUGAAAUAUUCUACCUUGGGCUUUGUGUCACUGAAAAGAAAUCUGUAGAAAAACAUGUAAAUAAAUUUAUCCCCUGUGUCAAUCUGUGUAGUAAUAAAUGUUUUUCAUUUGGUUAUUAGAUUUUUAUUAAUAUAUUUUCUGUAACAUACAUCCAGAACUGAACUUGUUAGCCUUUGAAUGGUUAACAGCUAUUUUUUUGUCCUUGAGCCAGUAUUGACUGAUGAAUAAUAUUGGGUUAUCAGAAAAGUCAUGAUGCAUUUUGUAGAAAUGCAAAGAACUCAUGACUUUUCCAGCUACCCAAUAGGUCAGAUUUACCAUCCUAGCCCUAAGCCUAUGUACAUAAAAAUCCUUUCCUUUAUCAUAGAAGUGGUUUGUGAUCCAAUCAUGGAUAUCAAACUAUAUAUUAGUUAUUCUAUACUCUUUUAAAAUCUGUCAUAGCCAGCAGAUGCUACUUUACUAAAAUUUGCAGAUAGUAAAGCCUGAAGUUGAAAAUUUUUCAAAGAAUUGUUAAGCAUGACUGGUUGAGGAUAUUAGUAACUGAGAUUGCCAUGAUCAUCAAGCCUCUUGUAAGAACACUGUGAAGAUAAACAGAAUGGGAUCAGUGCAAAUGAAGCAGCCUAUUAAAAAUCCCUGACAUGAGUACAUUGACUUUUAUACCUUUUUUAGCUGUCAAAAAUCACUUAUAUGAUACUGCAUUAAGUCAGCAUCUCAGAAAUAGCAGUUAUACAAGAGCAACAAAGAAAAGUUCUCAAGUACUAUGGAUUUAUAUGGUCUCUAGAUUCAGACUAAUAGAAGUUAAAACAGCAAAUGGUUACCUACUUGAAGGAUGUCAAAAAUUUGUUCUCAUAUUCCUACCUUCACACAGGAUGGUUCAGCAUAAAGUUUGACAUUGAUGUCUAUUUUGUAUUUUAUCUUUUGUUAAUAAAAGUAAUGUUAUUAAAAAUA